AUGAUCCCCAUUAGCUCAGAUCUCCACACAGGCUCAAACCAAAGCAAGCAGGAUGACAAACUCUGCUGCAGGCUCCUCUUUAAGGAGAGGUCAGUGGCCAACCCUUCCUUUAGAGUCUACUAUGGAAUGGCGUCCGGGGCUGUGCCAUUCCAGUGGGAGUCUCAGCCUGGAACCCCCAAGCACGUCAGCUCCACCGCUGCGCUCCCUCCCCUCACCCCUCCCCCCUCCUACUUCUACACCCCCAGGAGCAAGAGCUCCAUGAAGUCCUGCAAGUCCAGCUUCAUCCGCGCCAUGCUCCCCAAGCUCAGCCUAAGGAAGGUCCACAUCUCGCCUUCCUCGUCCCUCCCCUCGUCUUCCUCUUCCUUGAGCCCGCUGUCGUACUUCUCGGCCGUCGGCUAUCGCGAGGAGCCCGAGGACGGGCCGCCUGAGUCAACCUUGUGCUUUGGGAUGCGACGCAGGGCCGCGCCGGUGAAGAAGGCGCUCUUGUCGGUCGUCGGACAUGGUUGCGGCCGACGUACCGCUGCUUAA